UCGGUUAAUGCGAUUUUGUUAGUCUAUGCACAGCUAGAUCUUCCCGUGUAUUCCACUGUAUUCAGACGUGUUCAGACGUGGAUCUUCUAAGAGAGUGGACAUCUAUUCCAGAUAAAGGAACAGAUAAAAAGGCGUCCAGAUACAGAUAGAAAUCCGCACUGUUCCUACCGCUGCGAUUCAAUUCAGAGAAUACUGAAAUUCAGCUGCUGCCGGUUGUUGAAAGCUGAUUGUUAGGUGUGACCGAUUGCAUCAGGUUCAAAGAUGCCUGAAAAGGAUCUGUCAAAAUUGUCCCUUGAGGAAAUAUAUACCUCAGAAAAGAACGGGAGUGAUGAAAACGGUAGUGGAACCGAAGCUAAACCAUUUAAGACUAUUUUGCAAGCAAUGCGCCAUGCUGGUAAAGAGCCGUUUCCUGUAAUUUAUCAGGAUUCGGCAGAGGAAGGAAAAAAGUACGAACCCGCUUCUAAGUCUCAGUUGAAGAAAAUUCAAAAAAUUUGGGUUAGAGAACAAUACAAGAGUGAAGAAAAGCAAAAGAAAUUAUUGGAGGAUGAAGAGAAAAGAUUGAAGAAUUUAGAAGAGGCAAAAUCCAUAGUCAUUGAAGAAGACAAAACACUUUCUUCAGCAACUAGAAUUAAGAUAAACGAGAGCCUGCCCUACAGAAACCAGCGAGUUAAAUUAUUUGGAUGGGUACACAGGUUGAGACGUCAAGGCAAAGCUUUAAUGUUCAUUACAUUAAGAGAUGGAACUGGUUUCCUGCAGUGCAUUUUAAACGAGAGAUUGUGUCAAACUUAUGAAGCUCUUAUUUUGUCUACUGAAGCUACCGUUGAAUUGUUCGGAACAUUGAAAACUGUCCCUGAAGGAAAAACUGCUCCUGGUGGACAUGAAUUGUGCGUAGAUUAUUGGAGAAUUAUUGGACCAUCUCCUCCUGGCGGUGCGGACAGUAUUUUAAACGAAGAAGCUCAUCCUGAUGUUCAACUAGAUAACAGGCACAUUAUGAUUCGAGGAGAAAAUACAUCUCGUAUAUUGAUUAUGAGAUCAGUGUUAACACAAGCAUUCAGAGAUCAUUAUAAAGAGAGAGGUUACUGUGAAGUUACUCCUCCGACACUGGUGCAGACCCAAGUGGAGGGUGGAUCUACUCUCUUUAAACUCGACUACUUUGGAGAAGAGGCAUUUUUGACUCAAAGUUCUCAAUUAUACUUGGAAACUUGCCUUCCAGCAAUGGGCGAUGUAUAUUGCAUAGCUCAGUCCUACAGGGCGGAACAAUCUAGAACAAGGAGACACUUAGCAGAGUAUACUCAUGUUGAGGCAGAAUGUCCCUUCAUUAGUUUUGACGAACUACUCGAUCGUCUCGAAGAUCUGAUCUGCGACGUAGUUGAUCGUGUUCUGAAAUCAUCACUGGGUCAUCUAGUCAAGGAAUUGAACCCCGAAUUUAAAAUUCCUACAAGGCCUUUCAAGAGAAUGAACUACAGUGACGCAAUAGAGUAUUUAAAAGCCAACAAUAUAACGAAGGAGGAUGGAAGCUUUUAUGAAUUUGGAGAGGACAUUCCUGAAAUGCCUGAGAGAAAAAUGACAGAUCAGAUAAACGAGCCAAUAAUGCUUUGCCGAUUCCCAGCUGAGAUAAAGUCGUUUUACAUGCAACGUUGUCCAGAGGAUAAACGCUUGACCGAAUCAGUGGAUGUACUUUUGCCAAAUGUUGGAGAGAUCGUUGGAGGGUCGAUGCGUAUCUGGCAUCACGAUGAAAUGCUGGAAGCUUAUAAGAAUGCAGGCAUCGAUUCUACGCCUUACUAUUGGUACACCGAUCAGCGAAAGUAUGGUUCCUGCCCACACGGAGGAUAUGGUCUGGGAUUAGAGAGAUUUUUGUGCUGGCUUCUGAACAGAUAUCACAUCCGUGAAGUUUGCCUCUAUCCACGUUUUCUAGAGCGAUGUCGUCCGUAAAGUAAAACUAAACUCUGUUACUUAUACUUCAAAGUACUACCGCGCUACAAUUUUCAGUGACACUUUCUUCGAUAUUACCAAUAUAAUUAUUGCUAUCACGUGCAUUGAAAAUAAUCGUAGUAAAACCACUAUGUCACGUUUAGAGUUGUGCACGAUGCUUUCGUCAGGGGAUUAAAUAAAGACUGUGAAAUAGGUUCGA